AUGUUGGAAGGGCAGCUGGAAAGGAGCCGAGGAGGAGGCUGGUUGUACCUCCAAACCUUGCCAGACCCCGUGUUUGAGGGCGACAUCCUGACUCUGCAGUGUCAAGGAUGGAAGAACACAUCCCUGUCCCAGGUCCAGUUCUCCAAAGACAGGAAAUUACUCCACGACCCGAAGGCCAAAUGGUUUCUGCCCAUGGGGACAGCAACACUGGAAAGCAGUGGCCAGUACAGCUGCACUGGGAAGGUGACCUUCAUCCCGCACCUGGGCGCACAAAGGUCAGAGAUGACCACGGUUCAAGUCCAAGAGCUGUUCCCGCCUCCAGUGCUGAGCUCUGUCCCUUCUCCCGAGCUCCGUGAGGGGAGCCCGCUGACCCUGAGAUGCCAGACGGAGCUACACCCCCAGAGGUCGGCCUCGGGGCUCCUCUUCUCCUUCCACAAAGAUGGCCGCACCUUGCAGAACUGGGGCCCCCACUCAGAGCUCUGCCUCCGAAGCCGGGUGGGAGGCUCUGGGCUUUACUGGUGCCAGGCCACCCCUGAGGGUAGCAGGGUCCAGAAACAGAGCCCCCAGCUGAAGGUGAGGGUGCAAGGUCCUGUGUCCCAGCCUCUGCUCACCCUGAGACCCAGGUCCACUGGCCUUGCUGUGGGGGAUGUGGUGGAGCUCCUCUGUGAGACCCAGAAUGGCUCCCCUCCAAUCCUGUACUCAUUCUCUGACGAGAAGAUCCUGGGGAACCACUGUGCUCCCCAUGGAAGAGCCGCCUCCUUCCCCUUCACUGUGACAUCAGAACAGGAUGCUGGUAGCUACUCCUGCCAGGCCGAGAACAAUGUCUCCAAAGAGACAAGUGAGCCCAAGACACUGUCCCUGGCUGGUCCUCAGGGCUUGCCUACCCUCACCAGCAGCCCCUGGCUGGUUCCUUGUCUAUCUGCGAGCCUGCUUGGUGUGCUGGUCAUCGCCACUGCACUUGAGGCUUACUUCAGACCCUGGAGAAAAACUGGGCCCCUCCCAACCCAGGAUCCGCCCCCAGCCCCAGGUGGAGAGCAGCACCCACUGUAUGGCAAUGUCACUUGGCCGAAUGACAAUGAGGAAGAUGAUAUUUACUCUUCAGUGAAUGUAGUCCCAAAGGAGAGUGAAGCCGGGCCUGCUGAGUCAGCCUCGGGGGCCUGGAGUGAGGUCCCAGUCACGCUGCUGGACGUCACCAACCCCACCCACCUGUCCUGGGAAGAGGCCCACGUCCUGCCCACCCAGAGCUCCCGCCCAAGUGCCACUGAGCUGCCCACAGCCAGCAUUCAUCCUUGA